CAUCUCUCCAGUUUAUAAAAGGAGAGAGCAGGAGAAAAUAUGCUAAAGUUUGAUAACUAGAAUCCAGGGACCAAUACAAUACAAAAAUAAUUUCAGGAUUAAUGGUUUACCUAAAAAGGCAUAACACUGUUUUCAGUUGUCUUAGUGGCCACCACAGUAUGGAGAUGGCUGUACUGCUGCUUCUGACUGUUCCUGUGACAGUAGCCUCACCCUUCAGAUCAACAUAUUGGACGCAGUCUGAUACCUACCAAUCAGGGGGGCACCUACAGACGUUAGAGGUAAACAGGAGGUUAGAGGUCAUGUCAGAAGUCAUGCAAGAUCUACACCUACCAGAACUAAAGGUCAUUCCACUUGUUCAAAUGCAAGACAUGGACGUUUUUCCAUAUAGCAUCAGGUUGAAACUCCGUUCGAAGCGAGCUCCUCAGCGCGGGUGUCAACUUGGCACGUGUCAACUUCACAACCUGGCCAACACAUUGUACCAGAUGGGCAAGACCAAUGGAAAAGAUGAGUCUAAAAAAGCCCACGAUGCCCAUGGUUAUGGGAGAUAGUGCCUAGAGAGAAAGGAAACGAUUAUGGACUAUUAAUGGUAGAGAGUUUGGAGCAUAUUCAACUUUAUUAUUACGUUAUAACAAAGGUAUUAUCUCACCAAUUGACUGUGCUUACCCGAUGGAGCUGGUACUCAUACAUUCGUUAAAGUGAUGCUUCGUUUAAAAAUCAAAGUUUGUCAGUCCAAUGUCAAGAAGAGUCCAUGUUCAGCUAUUUGCCUCAAUCCAAAAUGAAUGGGAGUUAAAGAGGCUAUCUUUCUCAUUGAUUUGUGAUUGAGGCAUAGCUGGAUUUACAUGACAGAUGGCGUAGGGAAUACACUCAUCUCAACAAGACUACUUUUGAGGGUUGAAAAUAUUUUACAAACUUUCAUUUCUGGGUGAACUAUCCAUUUAUCAGUGCUCUGCACCCAGGAGGUGAAUGAGAUUAUUGUGAAAGAAUGACAAAUAUAAUACAAUGUUUUGUACAAAGGGAGAUGCUUCUAUAGACUAUUUAAAUGUAUUGUAAAAUAAGAAAUGAUUUUGGUUGUGGUUUGACUUUCCCUUAUUACAGUAAAUGUUAUAAAAUAUCUGCUCAAUAUACUGUUUGUCAAGUCCUGCACGGGAAUUGUUUAUCUACAGUCUAAACUUGUUAUUCAUAGGUUGCAUUGCUCUUCCGCAUUUUCCUCCGGUCAUUGGUCAUGUUCCACUGCUUAGACGUUGCCAGAUCUUACAACGCCCUUUAAGCGUCUACCAUAGUUCAAAACGUGUACCCACAGCAUUAUUAUAGAAUAUUGGACUGUUGGCUUUCAUACUUUUCAAAUUCUCAGCGCAGCACAAGCAAUUUCUCCAGCUGUCAACACAUUCAAAUGAAUAUGAUGCGUUGGAUGGGAAUUGUGGGGAUGCGAGUGUUCGGGGUGUGCGUCUCCCGCGGCUGGUGGUCUUAGAGCCACUUUGCUAUGUCAUAAUGGGACGCCGGACUAGCGCGUCCCAUUCUUUUGCAAGGUGUCAGGCUACUUUUUUCUUCUUCUCGCCUUUCAUGAUUCUAAACCACACCAUCACCAUUGUAGGCAGUAGUCAAAUAUUUAUAAAUGUUGCGUUAGUACAAAAUAUACUGUAAAACAUAGGUCCGCCAGUUUUCACGCAGAUGUUGGAAUUUAUAAAAACUGAACAUGACGUGAGAAUGUGCUUAUUUUCAUGCAUAUUUUAGCCCAUGUGUACACUGUAAACCCCUAGGCAUUUUGAUCUCAAAUACUUCUAGUAAGUUGAGCUCAAAGUCAAUGAAAAGCAAUUAUUACUUAAAGUGUUUGUGGUACUGACUCAAAACUAAAUGAGAGGUCACAUCAACUCUAUUUUUUAAGUUAUGAUAACUUUUUCCUCGCAUGCUCUACUGCAGGUAGAUUUAUUGGAAUUGUUUUUAUAUCUGAGUUUUUGAAUGUACGUUGAGUGAGUAAUUGAUUGUUAUACUUCACAAAGUUAAAUAACACACAUUUUUCUAAUCCAAUCAUUUCGUUAGAUUCUUUGCACCCCUUACUGAAAUGUGACCGACCACCUGGAUUUGGUUCUAUGUAACAACAUUUGAAAUUGUGUUUUUUACAUUGGAUAAAAGUAGAUGCUCGGAGCUAUAAAAAUGAUAUAUCAUACACUACAGUUGAGGAACAAUGGGAAAGGAAUUUUGCAUUUUAAGUUAAUAAACUUGUAACCCCACUUUUGA